CGUGAUGGAUGGAAUAUCGGGGUUUGAUUGGUAUUUUUUGAUUCAGAAAUUACGAUGGACUCCUGAAACCCUUACGUUCACAAUAUAUACAAAGUAAUUAUGUAACAAUCGAGUAUUUCACAUAAUAAGGUAUUUUAAAAUAUUAGACUAUUUGUUUCACUAAUUUAACAAUUAGUUGAAUAAUUGAAACAUCUUUUUGAGCAUAUAUAUAUAUAUAAAAAUAAUAUUUCUGAAUAUUUUACCCUAUUAUGAUCAGACCUUGCGAACAAGUCAUCGCAACACGGGCUUUAACUAAGAACAGAUCAGCUCGUGUAACUACGUUUAACAUCUCUUUGUAUUAAUGUUUACUUUGCUUGUCACACGAGAAAAAGAAAACAUGUUUUAUAUUGUGAAUAAAAUGUCGCUUACAAAUUUGAAUCGUGCCAGACCAGGCAUAGUCACUUGUUCCUGUGCAAUUUAACUUUUCUACAGAAGAUUUAAUUAAUAUAGCGAACGCGGUAUAUCACAGAAUACCAAUGGUUUUCAAGCCCGGCCCAUCGACUCGGCGCUUGUUGUCGGAUUUUUUUUUCUUAACCGUUAUCAGCGACGUUUGUGUCACUCAUCACUGUAUCAAUCUCGAACACCAUAUAUUGAUUGGCGGGUUGAGAAUAGUGUUUCAAGGUAUUUGAGGUAAUAUUGUCUCCUCCCCCAAAAUAAAACAUGAAAGUUAAAAUAAUAGGAGAUCGAGGAAUAUUACUCUUUGACAUCAGGAAACGAAGAGACGAAUGACACUAGGUAUACGGAGCCAUUGUCAAUUUGCUUAGUCUUCGAUCGUAUCCGUGUCGUAAAUAUUAAUCAGCUAAGAUGAAAAAUUCACGCACAGCAAUAACGACUUUAACAAGAAGAUCGGAAUUGGUGACCUUGGUACCUUCUACGGCUACUGCAGUCACGAGUUCAAAUUCGGUGAAUCAAUGGAGUGAAGGAAGAAGAAAAUUUCUUCAGGUGCAUCAAGAUCGAUAUUUACAAAGAUUGGCAAUUCUCAGGGAAUCAUUACUACGAGAAAACAAAGAUUUUGUUAAACUCAAUUUGCCGAAAAACUCCGACAAAAGCACUGGAUUUUGGGAAGCUAUUUUGUCGGAUUUUAAUGACGCUUCAUUAUCAAAAAAAUUUCCUCACACAAAAUCCCACCGUUCAAUACAUGCAUCGCUUGGCGGCGGAAUGAGUGACGAAAAACAAAGAAGGGGACAUUUGGAACGAUUGCGACGAAUACGAAUUAUGCAGAUGCAACGAAGAUUGCCUCCUCAACUUGAACCGUUGCACGGUAUAGGAUUGGGUGCAAAAAAAGAGUCAAAGUUAAAAGAGAACAAGCAAGUGUCUCAAAGGGUUCCCCCAACCGCUUAUCACGUUGAUUGGAUGAAAGGAAAUCACGCGAUUACGCCCAUUGGCGACCACGAAAAAGCAAUAAACUCAUGGACACUCAAGCAUUUGAGAACGGUAGAUGUGGUACCGGAAAACGAAACAGCAGAUAAUUUUCCAAACGAUAUUCGAAGUCUUCUACGCCGUACAAGACACUCUUCAAAUGUCAGUGUGAAAGAAACCUCGGAAGAGAAAGAACACAUGGAAGUCAAAACCACUGCGAACACAAUUCCAGAGGCCAGACAAACAUCACAUUCGAAGCGAAGUAAAAGCACAGUGUCCCGAAAUGCAAUUACGGAACCUGAAACGCCACCUACGCCUCCACCUGCUCCGGCUUCGACUCCAUCUCCGCAAUCACCUUUCAUGUCCGAAAUAAUUUCCCAUCAUUCGGCCUCAACCUCUCGUUUAAACACCGCCAGUACCAGAAAGGGAGAAGAGAGCGACGCUGAAGAUAUCACAGUUGGUAGUCGGAAUUCCAACCUGGUUGAUCGAUCAACUUCACCUAUAGGUUUCAGAUUGCCACAUCUCAAAUCGGCCGAGAGAAACUCAGCAGAAGACAAGCCAGACUCGGCAAAUUCGAAAAGACACAUUGUUGUUAAAAUCCCUCAUGGAACUAGAUAGUCCAAUACCAGUCUCGUACGGUUCCAUUACAUUUGAACCCACGACAAUUGCACCUAUACGGAUAUUUGGACCCAUACUAACCCUAACCCAUGGAUUUUAUCACCCGCAUAUAGUUUGAACCCGCGGAUAUACGGGUGCAAAUGUACGGGUUCAAAUGCGCUGUCACCAUAUCGUACACAUAUGAGACUCCGUAAUCGCGUCUUCUUCCUGAUAUUUCUACUAGGAAGGCGGAAUUUGCUGGUCCACCGGUGUUUGUCCGAAGCUGACAAAAAGCUAAUUAUAGCUUACAAUGUGCAUAUAAUUUUCUUGCUGAAAUGUGCGGAUUUGCGUUAUAUGAUGUUAAUGUUAUACCAUUGCUCACCUAAUAAAAGUAAUCUUUUGUAUUUGAA